GCGUAGAGUAAAUCAUUGAGACAAACAGUCACCAUGCUUCGCUCGUGCAUCUUCAUUGCAGCGUUAAUCGCUCUGACUGGCUCGGUCCCGAUCCAGAAAGCGGGUAAAGAUUGGUAUAAGAACAGUCUGGUAUAUCAGAUUUAUCCGAGAAGCUAUAAGGAUAGUAAUGGAGAUGGCAUAGGCGAUUUGAAUGGGAUCACCAGCAAAUUGGAACACAUUGCGGAUAUUGGCGCUGAUGCGUUAUGGCUAUCACCGAUCUAUACCAGUCCGCAGGUAGAUUUUGGCUACGACGUUGCCAAUUUUACCGAUAUCAACGAGGAAUAUGGUACCUUAGCCGACUUUGACAGACUCGUAGCGAAAGCCAAAUCUCUCGGGUUGAAAGUACUCCUUGAUUUCGAACUGAAUUAUAGUUCAGACAAGCAUGAAUGGUUUAAGAAGAGCAUCCAACGGAUCAAGCCUUAUGACGAAUAUUAUGUCUGGCGUGACGCAAAAAUAGUAAACGGCGUUAGAAGACCGCCGAAUAAUUGGUUGAGCAACUUUGGAGGCUCUGCUUGGGAAUGGAACGAGGUACGAAAACAAUAUUUCCUGCAUCAGUUCGCUGUCGGACAACCGGAUUUCAACUAUCAUAAUGCCGAUUUGCGACAAGAAAUGAAGGACGUGUUGACAUUUUGGAUGAAACGCGGCGUAGAAGGUUUUCGCUGUGAUGCCCUUAAUUAUAUGUACGAGGAUACUCGUUAUCUGGAUGAGCCCCUAUCAAACGCACCUGGAGUACCAGAUAAUGACUACGACUAUUUGGAUCAUAUUUAUACAAAAAAUCUCCCCGAGACUUAUGAAGUCCUCAAAACCUGGAGACAGCUGAUGAACGAUUUCUCCGCGACUGCCGACACAAAGAUGAUCUUGACUGAGGUUUACGCGGAUUUGGAUUUAACCAUAAAGUACUAUACAUCGGGCUCGACUGUGCCCUUCAACUUCAUGUUUAUUUCGGAUCUAAACAACAAGUCCAGCGCGCCUGACUUUAAGCGCUUCAUCGAUCGUUGGAUAAACAAUAUACCUGACGAUCCGUCGUACGUCGCGAACUGGGUAGUAGGUAAUCACGAUAAUCAUCGAGCAGCUUCCAGAUAUGGCGAGAAACGGGCUGAUCAACUUUCCAUAUUAUCGCUCAUUUUACCCGGCGUAAGCGUGAUUUACAACGGUGACGAAAUUGGCAUGCUUGACAGGAAUUUUACGUAUGAAGAAACCAAGGAUUUCGCCGGAUGUAAUGCUGGACCCGACAGAUAUUAUCUGAAAUCGCGAGAUCCGGAAAGAACGCCUUUCCAGUGGGACAACAGCACCAGCGCCGGUUUUUCUACGAGCAAUAAAACGUGGCUUCCCGUGAACAGCAAUUACAGAACUCUGAAUUUAGCGGCGCAAAAAACUGCGAGCAUAUCUCACUACAGAGUAUUCGUGGCCCUGGCGCAAUUGAAGAAGAAGCCCAUCAUUGAGCGAGGCUCUCUGGAGACCGUGUUGGUAACCGAGAAAAUUCUAGGAGUCAUACGACGAUACGAGUCAUCCGUCGUAGCAGUCCUAGUUAACUUUGCCGACACACCGGUCACCGUCGACGCCAGGACUUGGAUGAAUAUCCCGGAUCAGAUGAUCAUCUAUGUAUCCAGCGUUCAUUCCAAGCUAGUUCCAGCCUCACUGGUUGACACGACUAACAUAACCGUGCCUGGUUCGGCCUCCAUCGUGCUUACCACAGAUUUGAAUUAGCAAAUUCCUGCUUAUCUCAUACUCAUGGAUAACUCUCUAGUAAAGGGAAGUUUCGGUUAUACAUGUGUAAAUGUAUAGAUAAGUUAUUUUUUCGACAAGCAGAUCGUCUUGUAUUAAUCUGAGAAAUAUUCGAAAUAAAUUUUUAU